UUUGUAGACAAAGUCACAUGCUCUAGUCAAGCUUGAUCAGCUGACUCUGUCGCUUCUCCCUUCUGAUGAUUAGAAUUACAUUCUUCAAUUGAACGAGCUCGGGCUGAAUAAUAUUUUUUGAUUAUUCAGACCGUUUGGCGUCUAUUGUAAACACAAACCUAAAGGUAUCAUAUUGAGGAAGCCCUGCAAAAUAUCGUGGUUUGGGUGAUUGAGUGAUCAUGAACGGGCACGCCAUUCUCUACACUGGGGUCACUUUGGCCUUCUGGAGUACCAUUCUCAUUGUCGGUAUCUGCUAUACAAUCUUCGAUCUUGGAUUUCGCUUUGAUGUGGCAUGGUUUUUGACAGAAACAUCGCCCUUCAUGUGGGCAAACCUUGGGAUUGGCCUGGCCAUCUCGCUGUCUGUUGUUGGAGCGGCUUGGGGGAUUUACAUCACAGGUUCCAGCAUCAUAGGAGGCGGUGUAAAAGCACCUCGGAUAAAAACUAAGAACUUGGUCAGCAUCAUCUUCUGUGAGGCUGUUGCCAUCUAUGGCAUCAUCAUGGCAAUUGUUAUAAGUAACAUGGCAGAGAACUUUAGUGGCACUACUCCGGAGACCAUUGGAGCCAGGAACUACCAAGCAGGCUACUCCAUGUUUGGCGCUGGUCUUACAGUGGGCUUCUCUAACCUCUUCUGUGGAAUCUGUGUCGGCAUUGUCGGGAGUGGGGCCGCCCUGGCUGAUGCCCAGAAUGGUAGCCUGUUUGUCAAAAUCCUUAUUGUGGAAAUCUUCGGCAGUGCUAUUGGGCUAUUUGGAGUGAUUGUUGCCAUCUUGCAGACGUCGAAAGUAAAAAUGGGCGACUAGAAGAUUAUUUCCGCGAACGAUUUAAGAUCAGGAUGACAAGAUCAAUGGAAGACAUUACUGGAGAAUUAGCUGGAUGUGUAAAUACAUAGUAAAUUAUUUAAAUGUAUUUCUUUUUGUCUGUAAUUGUUUUUAACCACCAUUUGCUGAAGAGUGACACAUUUGCACCAUUUUGUCUUAAAGGAAUGCAGCCAAAUUGUUAGAUUAACCUGCAGGUGUUUAAGACAAUGUCCUAUCCCUUUCGAAUAUAAUUAAUGUACCUAUUACAGUAGUGGCACGUUUAAUUAAUCUUUAGCAGACCCUGUGGCUUUUCACAGAAUUGUUCCUGUUUUAAAUCUAUCACAAUCUAGAUGGCCUUCAGACGUUUAGGGACAUAAUCAGUAAGCAUUAGUCAGGAGAUUUUAUCAAACAGUACUGUUAACAUGUGUACAGUAGAAAAUGUUAUCAAUGAUGAAAUAAUGGAAUGGCACUUGUGUAAUAAGAUCUACGGUAGGCAAGUAUGAUUUCUCUGGCGGUGAACAUGUUUUGAAUGUGCUUGCUUUACUGUAAAGAGCUCUUUUCAUUAUGGGGAGGUAAGCAAUUUCAACAAAGAUUUGAUUUGUAUUGAAUGCCUGUGAAAAUGUUUGAAGUAUUGAUCUGUUUGUAUGGCAACGUCAUAAGGUAUAACAAUGCUAAUGAUUCUGUUUGUGACCAAUUUGACCCAUGUUUUUCAUUAAUUUCAGUUAUAUAUUUUUUGAUGGCCGGCAUAAGGAACUAGUACUUCAGAAACACUGUAAAUGAAUAAAAAUGUAAGGAUACAAAAAUGAUCUAAAGAAGAUAUUACACAAAUUAUUAUUGUUGUUGGUCAUUUGACAUUGGUCGGCUGUCAGCAUUUAUCAGUUUUUUGUUAAUGUAUGAAUAACAUUUUGGUUGACAAACUUCAGUUGGGAUUGGUUAAAAAUGAGAAUAGUAAAUUGUGUGUGUGUGUGUGUAUAAAGGGUACAUGUCUGUUUCUUUGUGAAGCAUGGGUGUUGCUGUAUACAAUAGUAUGUUUUAUUUUGUCUGUUUUAUUUUAUGCAAGUGGUCUUUCUCCACGGUGAGUGAACUGUGGAUGACAUAGUGGUAUAUCGGAUUUUAGGUGAUCAUCUGUUGUCUGUUAUCUCCUCAGGCCUGUGAACACCUGUAAAUGUGUGGAGAAUUUGAAUUUUUCCUACAGAACUAUCCUUUCCUUGUUUUUUUUUGUUUUUUUGCUUUCUUUCUGUUUUUUGGGGACUUAGAGCUUGAAUGAUCUGUUAGGCUGACAUUUACUCUAAUGGAGCGAUGGUACUUGAGCAGAACAUCCAUAACUUCCUCAAAACAGUUAGCCUUUUUCUUUGUGUUUUUAUGUAUUUUUUUUUUUUUUAUCUAAUGAAUUAGCUGUGAAACUGUUGUCCCUCAGUUUUACAGAUGAAAGUAUAUUUAGUUUGACCCCUUUGAAAGUUAACCGUCUCUCAACUGUCAUCAACUCGCAUCCAUUUUAAUACAACCCCCCUUUUCCAAAAUGGCACCAUACAUCCUCUGUAGUUCACUGACUUGAAACUGUUAGGAAAGUGUGUACAAUUUCAAUCCAUUUAACAUAUGGAGAGAUUCAACUGGGCGUUCCCUCUUUCUUACCAACAGUUAAUUUACUGAAUAUGUAAUUUAAUGUGAAUGUUUGACUGUAUGACAGAAGUCCCAAAAGCAACAUUUGGAAUAGUAUUUUGAGUGAUUUUCAUACUUUGAUUCAACUCUGUUCGCUGAUUACUUUUGAACAUUCCUAAAUGGACCAUUGGUGUAAUACAGGAGUGGUCCACCUGGUCUCAGCUUCUGCUUCGAAGGGGUUCCUUGAAUGGUAACAUCUGGCCAUUUGGUAUUUCUGCAGUCUGUUUAAAAUUACUAUUAUUGUACAUGGCCAAUGUUGACGACUUCUAUUGUGGAGGUGAGGCCUUCCUCGUAUAAAGGAGGAUUUCUAGACCAUGCCUCUGACUUCAGUGACUGUAAAAUAUGUUGAUGUGGUGAAUCCAUUGUUUUGACGUGUUAAAGUGGGUCCUCUUGACUUCAUAAUUGUCCUUGAAAGAAUAAAAUAUUCCAACCUGA